GAGAUGCUCUGCUGCAAGUUCAAGACCCGGCCCUGGCGAGAACGUUACCAGAAAUACAAGUUCCCGGCCAGCAUCGACCCUCUGACCGACAAUGAAAAAGGAUAUGCGCCAGAACUACGUCAAGUCCGAGCGGUUCAAGAUGGAUGUGAUUUCGCUUCUCCCGCUAGAUCUCCUGUACUUUAAGUUUGGCGUUAGAUCCAUUCUGCGCCUCCCGCGCUUACUGAAGUAUAUGGCAUUCUUUGAAUUUAACAACCGUCUGGAAGCGAUCCUCAGCAAGGCGUACAUCUACCGAGUCAUCCGGACGACGGCCUACCUCCUCUACUGUCUGCACAUGAAUGCUUGUCUGUAUUACUGGGCCUCCGACUAUGAAGGCCUGAGGUCCACCAAGUGGGUGUAUGAUGGAGAAGGUAACAGUUACAUCCGCUGCUAUUACUGGGCCGUGAAGACCCUCAUUACCAUUGGAGUC